GAUAUACCUCUGGACAGCCCUUCGAGAGGUUGACAGUCUAACGACUUCUGGAACUUUUUUGAGUUCUUUCUGUCUGUCACCUGCCUCUCAUUUUCAAUUUUUUUUUUUUCCACUUGAUCUUUAUUUUCCUUUUUUUUCGUGAUACCAGAUUUGGAUUGUCGGCAGAAGGCAUGUCACGACGGCAAGGUUUCAACAUGAGAUUGGGCCUAGACCGCGACGUCUACCAAAUAGUGCUCAAACUGGAAGAGGAGGGGGAGGAUGGGCGUAAGCCCCGGCUCACGGUCGGAUCGGUCUACGAGAGCAUCAAGCGAUCCAAUUCAAGCCUCGCCCGCCAAAAGAAGCGGCCCCUGGAGGAUUCGAUCGAGCGGGUGCUGGCGAUACGAAGGGAGCAGACCAAGGCCGACGAGCAGGAAGACUCUGACGACCUUCUCGAGGCUCAGGAGCAGGAAAGGAUAAAGGCGGCCAAGGCGGAACGCGAUCAGAACCUGCUCAACCGCCAAAUUGCCAAAUCCUGGGGGUUUGCCAGCCAGAAAGCCGCCGGCACAGGAGCUACCACCACGCCUGCCGAGACUCCCGCUACAACGCCCGGGGCGCAACCACCACCACAGCCCGAGGCCACCCCUGCUGUAGCUGGCAUGGACACUCCUACCGCUGCCGGGGACAGGCAGCCUAACGGCGAGCCACGGCCCAAGAAGAGGAAGAGCGCCCCCAAGGAGGUGGACAGGAGCCCGCCAACCGGCGUUUCCAUCCUGGACAUUGCCGGCGUCGACGACACCCUCGACCGCCUGCUGGACGAGGUCUGGUUUCCGCUCUGCGCCGGGGAGGCCUGCGAGAAGAUGGGCUACCGAUACGACAACGGCGUCCUGCUCCACGGUCCCUCCGGCUGCGGCAAGACGACCCUCGCGCACGCCGUCGCCGGCAGCAUAGGGGUCGCCUUCAUACCCGUUUCCGCGCCGUCCAUCGUGGGCGGGACGUCGGGCGAGUCCGAGAAGAACAUCCGCGACGUCUUUGACGAGGCGAUCCGCCUCGCUCCCUGCCUGGUCUUCUUCGACGAGAUCGAUUCCAUAGCGGGCAGGCGCGAGAGCGCAAACAAGGGAAUGGAGAGCCGCAUAGUCGCCGAGAUCAUGAACGGCAUGGACCGCAUCAAGCAGCAGACGCCGCUGGGGAAGAACGUCGUCGUACUGGCCGCCACGAACCGACCCGACUUCUUGGACCCGGCCAUCCGCCGCCGCUUCAGCGCCGAGAUCGACAUGGGCAUGCCCAGCGAGAAGGCGCGCGAGCACAUCCUCCGGUCGCUGACGCGCGACCUCAGCCUGGCAGACGACGUCGACUUCAAGGAGCUGGCCAAGCUCACGCCCGGCUACGUCGGCAGCGACCUCCAAUACGUCGUCAAGGCGGCGGUCUCGGGAAGCUGCCGCAGCAAGCUCGAGGACCUCCUCCAAAAGGCCCGCGCGCAGAGCGCGCCCGACUACCUCGGCAGCGCCUCGGAGCGGCAGCGCGACUGGAUCCUCCUCCAGGAGCACCGGGCGGCGCCCUGGGAGGAGAGCCGCAUCACCAUGGCGCAGUUCCGAGCGGCCGUCUCGCGGGUGCAGCCGGCGUCGAAGCGCGAGGGCUUCAGCACGAUCCCCGACACGACCUGGUCGCACGUGGGCGCGCUCGAGGACGUGCGCAAGAAGCUCGAGAUGUCCAUCAUCGGGCCCAUCAAGAACCCGGACCUCUUCAGCGCGGUGGGCAUCAAGCCGGCCGCCGGCAUCCUCCUCUGGGGCCCGCCGGGCUGCGGCAAGACGCUGGUGGCCAAGGCGGUCGCCAACGAGUCCAAGGCCAACUUCAUCUCCAUCAAGGGGCCCGAGCUGCUCAACAAGUACGUGGGCGAGUCGGAGCGGGCGGUGCGCCAGCUGUUCGCGCGCGCCAAGUCGUCAGCCCCCUGCAUCCUCUUCUUCGAUGAGAUGGACGCGCUCGUGCCCAAGCGCGACGACUCGCUCUCGGACGCCAGCGCCCGCGUCGUCAACACCCUGCUCACCGAGCUCGACGGCGUCGGCGACCGCUCCGGCAUCUACGUCAUCGGGGCCACCAACCGGCCCGACAUCAUCGACGAGGCCAUCCGCCGCCCCGGCCGCCUGGGCACCAGCAUCUACGUCGGCCUACCCUCCCCCGACGACCGCGUCGACAUCCUCCGCACCCUGUACCGGAACACGGUGGCCGAGGCGAGGAAGGAGACGACGGCCAAGGCGAAGGCGGCGGCCACGGCGGCAGGGGACGUGGACAUGCCCGACGCUUCUUCCCCCGCCCCGGGCGGCGCCACGGCACCGAUCGGCACGGACGAGGCCGUCCUGGAGAAGGUGGCCCGCGACGUGCGCUGCACGGGCUUUUCGGGUGCCGAUCUCGGCAACCUGAUGCAGGCGGCCGCGCAGGCGUGCCUGGAGAGGGCGUACCUGAUGCGGAAGCGGGGGCCCGCGGGCGCGGGUGCGGGUGCGGCGGGGACGGCAGCGGCUCUCGAGCCCGUUAUCACGAUGGAGGACUGGGAAAAGGCCCUCACCGAGGUCAAGCCCAGUGUCAAGGACGCGGACAAGUAUAUGCUAGAGGGUCAGUAAAAGAAGGUUGGGUCGGCGUUAGAAGAGAGAGACAUUUGCACCCUGUCCAAGUUGGCCAAGGGGACUGUUUCGGCGUUCGGGGUCUCGGCAUCUCUUUGUGUCUUUCGAAAACAUCUUGUCCCCGUCAUCCUCUCAGAUCAGGUCGAGUCGGUCAACAAAGCGAGACGGCAUAAUGGGAAUGGGCACAGUGGAGAAAGAAAGGAGCCGAGGCGCUAUAAAGAGUAGGAGAUUAAUCUUUCAUCAA